UGGUCCUGACAGUGUUCCCUCUCUUUGGAGAAAGUGAAGCGAAGAAGGAAGCAAAGGAAAAGUUAUACUAAUCGGGUGACAGAAGGGUUAACAAAGAUCAAGAGCCUGCGUUUCCCACAGCCAAUAUGAUGCGUUUGGUGGUCCUCCUUUCAUUCUUCGUCAUCUUCCGGCUAUUCUUGGACCUGCCUUGGAUUCAGGUGGUUCCAGCUCUCUUGAUCUUCUACUUGGGCUCCGGUGGGUGGAAGUUCCUCCGCAUCUUCGUCAAGACCAUCAAACGGGAUGCUACGACCGCAGUGUGCGUCCUGUCGACCCGCAUGAAGCUCUGGUGGUACGUGAAACGCCGCUGGACCAUCCCCAAGAUCUUCCAGCGGACGGUGGAGAGGCAUCCGGAGAAGGCGGCCCUCAUCUUCCAAGGCACGGGAGAGACGUGGACCUUCCGCCACCUGGACGAAUACUCCAACCAGGUGGCCAACUUCUUCCACGAACAAGGCUUCCGCUCGGGGGACGUCGUCGCCCUCUUCAUGGAAUCGUGCAACCGCUAUGUCGGCCUCUGGCUCGGACUGGCCAAGAUCGGGGUCGAGGCGGCGCUGCUGAACUCCAACGUGCGGCAGGAGUCCCUGAUCCACUGCGUCAAAAUCGCCCAUGCGAAGGCGAUGGUGUUUGGAGGCGAGCUGGCCGAAGCCCUGCGGGAAGCGCAGCCCUUCCUGGAGAAAUCCAUCCGCCUCUUCUGCUCCGGUGACCAGCAAGCCGCCAGCUCCCUGCCAGGGGUGGAAGAUCUCGACUCUCUGGUGGAGAAGGCACCGCGCCAGCCGCCCAGUCCACCGGACAAAGGAUUCCUAGAUAAACUCUUCUACAUUUACACUUCCGGCACAACGGGGCUGCCCAAGGCGGCGAUCAUCCUCCAUAGCAGGUAUUUCCGGAUGGCGACCCUGGUCUACAGUGGCUUUUGUAUGAGGCCUGACGAUGUGGUUUACAACAGCCUCCCUCUCUACCACGCGGCAGGGAAUAUUGUCGGGGUCGGCCAGUGCCUCCUGCACGGAAUGACGGUGGUGAUCCGGAAGAAGUUUUCAGCGUCUCAGUUUUGGGAUGAUUGUGUCAAGUAUAAUUGUACGAUUGUACAGUACAUUGGAGAGAUUUGCCGGUACUUGCUGAACCAGCCAUCGAAAGAGGUGGAGCGUCAACACCGGGUUCGGAUGGCCUUGGGGAACGGCCUGCGGGCGUCCAUUUGGAAGGAAUUCACAGAACGCUUUGGCAUUCCCCAGAUUGCUGAGUUUUACGGCUCCACUGAGUGCAAUUGCAGCGUUGGGAACUUUGACAACAAGCUUGGGGCUUGUGGGUUCAACAGCAGAAUCCUUCCAAAUGUUUACCCCGUCAAGCUGGUCCAAGUCAACGAAGACACCAUGGAGCUGAUCCGGGGACCAGAUGGGCUCUGCAUUCGGUGCAAACCAGGGGAACCGGGUCAGCUAGUGGGGCGCAUCGUCCAAACGGAUCCAUUGCAGCGUUUCGACGGCUACUUGAACCACGAGGCCAACAGUAAGAAGAUUGCCCGAGAUGUCUUCACCAAAGGCGACUCUGCCUACCUCUCAGGUGAUGUCCUCAUCAUGGACGAACUGGGCUACCUGUAUUUCCGAGAUCGCACCGGAGACACCUUCCGCUGGAAAGGCGAGAACGUCUCUACGAUGGAAGUAGAAGGGACCCUCAGCCGGAUCCUCAACAUGACGGACGUCGUGGUGUAUGGAGUGGCGGUGCCAGGCACCGAAGGGAAAGCUGGAAUGGCUGCCGUGGUGGACGAGGAGCACUUGUGCGACUUGGAGAGGUUUGCUGCAGACAUGAAGAAAGCCCUCCCCGCCUACGCACGCCCGGUUUUCCUGCGGCUGCUGAAGGAAGUCCACAAGACAAGCACCUUCAAGUUCCAGAAAAUGGAUCUGCGCAAGGAAGGGUACGAUCCCAGGGUGGUGAAAGACAAACUGUUUUACCUGGAGCCUCGAGAAGGCCGGUAUUUCCCGUUAGACGAAGAGGUCUUCGAAAAGAUCCAGUCGGGACAGGCAAAGCUGUAACAGGGAACUCAAAAGAACCCUUUUCCUCCUCGAAAACCCCCAUCCCGUCCUUCGGUGUAAGGACUGGGAUUACGAGAGGCGUCGGAGAGCCGGAAACAGUCCAGCCACGUUCUUUGUUCUGGUUCCUGGCCUCGUGUCGCCAAUCGCCUCCCGACGUGAUGCCAGGCUAGGGGAAAAGUUAGGGUGAGGGGUUUCAGAAGAAGGCACAGCAAAUCUUAACCCGGUUUUUAUUUGACCACGUCUUUCCAGCCGCGUGGAUGGUUUUCUGUAGCGUUGGGUUUACCAAAGCACAGAUAUAAUCACAUGGCUUUAUUUUCUCCUUUGCGAACUGGUGGAUCUCUUGGCAGGUUCAACACGGAUGAACGUUCUUCGUCGCUUAGCCGAAACUCCAAAGCCCAUCAUCCUCCCUGUUUCGGGAGAGGGGGCUUCCUCCCCGCAAGGCAAGAGCCGCAGUGUUGUGAAAUACCUCUAGGAGGCACCCUCGCGCUGUCUUUCUCUGCUCUUCGGACAGCUGAAUUAGGGCCCUUUUAUUUAUUUCUGGAGGUGGGAAGAGACGGCUUCCGAACUUCUCUUCCUCUUCUUGUUUUUAUUGGCUGCUAAGAUGCUGUCGCUCACUUGCAAAGGGCCAAAGAGCCAGCUCGGAUGUUGAAGACGCUCCACAACUCUGCAUUUUUUCGGGAAUGCAAUUUUUUUUUUUUACUUUUCUCAUCAGCCUUUUAUUUCUACGGGCGUAUUUUCUUAAUUGGCGGCAGGGAUUUGCCUUCAAAAGGCAGACUCGUGGCACAUUUCUGGUCACAUCCAAGGAGCAAGCAGACCUCUUUUUUUCAGUCUAAGGCAACACACAACACACGCACAUACGCAACCCAGUUGCCCUGCGGUUUGGCUUCUAAGGCACAAACCGAUGGGCUUAUUCCUGUUCUUCCACCUUUGGAACAACAGGGAGGGCUUUAAAAAAAAAAUCAGAAGCAAGAAGCCAUGAUGGGCAAUCUGUGCCCUGAGCAAUUGGGUACCCAUCAAAGCCUUGGCCCCUUCCAAGCGUUCCUCGGUGGUAUUCAUGCCCAGCUGGUUUUCAGAAGGGUGAGAUCCAUGACCUGUUUCUCGGUCCUGCUCUUAAGCGAUUUGGAAGAAAAAAGACUCCUCGUAAGGCACGUGUUGUGAACCUGUAGAAGCAACACAUAAAGUGAAUGGAGUCAAUAUCUCCCUUGCGUGGCCCCCUUGGAGAAACCCAUUGGUGUGCUGGCAGCAUGACGCACGUGGGGAGAGGGGUAGGAUGCUACUGGAUUCUCGCACGUGCUCUGAUUAACACCCACCUCCUAGGAGGAAAGUCCAGCUCAGACUAGGUUUUCAGUUGGAGCUUCGAGAACAAGAAGGCUCCUCUGAGGCUUCUGGUCGCCGGGGAAAGAUGGUUCCAGUUUGGGGACAAAGAGGCUUGGAUGUGCUGUUCGUUGGGGUCUUUCUUUCGGGACUGCGGCGUCAACCUGAGGCUGGAAAGUAACAUGCAGGUGUUCUCUGUCCCUCUCCCUUAACACCAGCCCACUGGGGUUUCUGUUGCGUGGCAAGAUGCAAGUUGCCCCUGUAUGUUGCGGGGGGCUGAUACGGCCCAGGAAGAGGGGCCACAGAUCCUGAUCUUGUCCAGAAAAAUGUCUGCCCAAAAUAUUUUGCUGGUGCAAGUUGAAUGUGUGAUGAAAGCUUCCGUCUCUGUCCCAUCUUUGCACUUUGCUCUUUAUUCAUUUUACUUUUAGCCUCCUGACCUGCUUGCUCUUCAGGGGGGUCCAUGCAAGAUCACUUCCUGUUGCCCCCCGGACCAGAUCUAUUCGUCUUCCUCCUGGCUUUGCUGUAAGGGCGGCCAGGAUCCAACACCCAUCAUCCUUGCCUUGCCUCAAACUUGAGUGGUGCCCGGAGCAGCAAAAAGGCCAUUCGGGCAGCCUUUCCGCAACUUGGCCCUCUUGGUGCUGGACCACGACUACCAUCAUCUCCAGCCACCGUGCCUGUUUGAGGAGGAUUGGGGCUGUAGUCCAAUGUAUAUGGGAGGAGGAGUUCUUCCAGCUUUGCCUCGGUCUGUUGGUGUGGUUCUUCUGAGCCCCCCCCCCCUUUUAUGCCACUGAGUUCAGGACCACAUCCUGGAGCUGCAUGGAAACUGAAGGUGCCACUCUUAUUUUUCAUCGGCCGUUUCAGAAAGUUCCGGGACUGGUGGCUUUUUGUACAGAAACCUGCCAUUUUUUAAACAAAUGCAACUAGGCCCCUCUAACGCUCACACGGGGGAGACUCAGAGCCAUUGCACAGUGACAGAGCAUGCACCUUGCAUGGAGAAUGCCACAGGUACGAUGCAUCUGGAAACAGAUGAUGUCUACUCAAGUCCCUGCUAAACCCAUGUUGGUCGCUCCUGAUGUCCGUAUAAUUUAGAGGCGUCUGCAGAACCACAGGUUCCCAAAUGAAAUGGAUAAAGAUAAUUAGACAUACGGAAACCAGAUUCUAAGCUGCUGAAACUGUAGGUCUUCCCUGUAUGUUACACCAGCUUACGAUGUUCCUGGAAACUUGCCUGCAAAGUCAGCAGGGACCUUAAGAAUCCCUUUCCAACCCAGCUCCUGUGAAACUGAAUUUCCCACAAUGCCUAGCCCCGGUGCAUUGUGGGCUGUGUGAUGGACACAGAAACACCUCCCUUGCUAAGGAUCCAUUGUGUCUUUCUCCCCCCGCCCCCCCCGCAAAAGAGGCAGUAAUGGCUUUGGAGGACCUGCUUUGCGCCGAUGACGCUGCUGUCUUUCAACGUUAAUUUGUGUGUUAUGUGUUGGUUAUUUUUUUGUUUUCAAUGGGUGCUGCUUCAGCAUCUACUCAGGGAAUGUGGGCUCAGGAGGGGCGCGUCUGGAGAGAGUUGCAUUUGAAACACCCAUCCCUUUGGCCCAGACCUCAAUUCAGGCUUGUCAAUUCUGCACUGGAACGUGGGAAGAAAGUGGAAUCUUCCCGUCCAAUAAAAGAAGAUUUCGAUU